AUGGCGAUACCAUUGGAGGAAAAGGCAAACAUGGAUGCUGUGGGGUUGGUAGCAGAAGGGCAGACAACACCACUGACAAAACUGCACUGGCGAGAAUCCAAAUGGUUUGUACUGGUCAUUACAACACUAGCUAUCUUUACUGAUCUGACAGUUUAUACUGUGAUCAUACCGAUUGCUCCAUUCAUUGUUCGUGACCUUGGAGGUGGUCCAUUCGAGACAGGCAUUCUGAUUGUAUUCUUUUCUCUUGGUGUUUUGAGUAAGGACCACCAGCAAACCCCUUCUGCCACGUCUUCGAAUACUAACAUCAUUACCAAACAAGUCGCAUCACCCAUAUUCGGCAUCAUAUCCGAUCGCCUACAGAAUCGACGAUGGGUGCUCUUUGCAGGCUUACUAGGCCUAGUCGUGACCACCAUAAUAUUCGCUGUAGCCAAAGUGUACUGGCUUUUGGCUGUCGCUCGUUUCUUCCAGGGAGUUUCUGGUGGAUGUACAUGGACUGUUGGUUUAGCCAUGAUAGCAGAUGUGUAUCCUUCGUCGGAAGUCGGUGUUGCAAUGUCGACAGUCAUGAUUGCAUUCAGUCUUGGGCAGUUGAUUGGGCCUCCAGUGUCGGGAGUUUUGUUUAAUACCUCAUAUGCUGCUCCGUUUAUCUUUUGUUACUUUUUGAUUGCUGUGGAUUUAAUUGGUCCAAUAAUAAUCAAGGACACUCUCAAAAAGAAGAACGCAGAAUCAGUAACACCAGACAUUGAAAAUAUCAAGACAGUUAUUGACCAACCAAUAGCUGUUACAAACCACAGUGACUUGACUGGUGAUCUUGCUGAUGGGCAACUAGCACCAAGUGAUGCCGACGACGCACAAACCGUAAUGCUCCCAGAAAAGCCAACUAAAAAAAUCAUUAGAACGGAAAUUAAGUACACGUCUUGGGACGUGCUGAAGAACAGGAACCUUCUGCUGUUGUUCAUACUCAGCGUGCUCGCUUGUGCCGCAUGGGGAGGACUUGAACCAAUCUUGCCCUUCUUCUUGGUCGAUAGUUAUGGGUUCGAUUCAACCAAAGUUGGACUUUACUUCUUGGUUCCAGUGCUACCGCAGAUACUAUGCGCUCCCGUAUGUGGAUACCUCUAUGACAAGUAUGGUCUGAGAGCAGUCUGUUUACCCGGCUCCUUGGCAUCAGCAAUUUGCAUGGCAUGUUUCGGAAUUCUAAAUGCAUCCAACCCUCCAUAUUUGACUGCUAUUGUCCUGAUCAUUUAUGGAGUAACAUCAAGUUUUGUGCUAACGCCUUUCAUGGCUGAAAUCGCGGCAUGCAUACCUCCAUCUCUAACUGCUCGAGCAUACGGACUCUGGAACUUGUUCUUUGCAACUGGUUUGAUAAUUGGGCCUCUAACUGCAUCAGCACUCUAUGUAAAAAUCGGGUGGCAAUGGACGACAUUUGUACAAGGCAUGAUGUUCUUCAUCUGUAUCCCUGGCUUUCUCAUAUACAAGAGACAACCACUUCCAGAAUACAUUGAAGAGGAAGUCGAUAUCUGA